AUGACCUCAAACCCUCCGGAUUGCAAGUCGUCCUCCGUCAUGAUGCCAUUGGCCUCUCAGCGUCUACCCAUAGAGGCGUCGCCGGACCAUCAGCGCCGGUAUCGACCGUCCCGCCUCCGCAGUCCAUGGCCGUGUUCCAUUCUGACAGCCUUCACCACCCUCGUCGCUUCGAUCUUCCUCUUUUUUAUUCUCCGCUCAUUCGCUCUUCGUCAGACUGGUGGAGAUGGCUGUGGAGUACCGGUUAUGAGCCCGACAUUCAUUCGCAUGGUGGGGUUUGACACGGAACAUACGCGCUUUGCCAGCAAAUAUAAUCUCUAUCUCUACCGGGAAGGAGGUGUUGAUCCAUAUAGUCAGGAGAACCUCGGGUUGAAUGGAGUCCCCGUCUUGUUCCUUCCCGGAAAUGCUGGAAGCUACCGGCAGGUCCGAUCCUUAGCCGCCGAAGCGUCGAGACACUACUACGAUGUCGUUCGUCAUGAUGAAGAUCGUUUGAAUGCCGGUACUCGGAGCUUGGAUUUCUUCAUGAUCGAUUUCAAUGAGGAUAUGGCCGCCUUCCAUGGACAAACCCUCCUCGACCAAGCCGAAUAUGUCAAUGAAGCUGUGGCAUAUAUUCUGUCGCUUUAUCAUGAUCCGCGACGUUCGCGAAGAGAUCCGGAACUACCAGAUCCGAGUGCAGUUGUCCUGGUUGGGCACUCUAUGGGUGGCAUCGUUGCGCGGACAGCGUUAACAAUGACGAACUACCAAGCGAACUCCGUCAAUACGAUUGUUACCAUGUCAGCUCCCCACGCGAAACCUCCCGUCUCGUUUGAUUCGGAUAUCGUUCAGACCUACAAGCAAAUCAACGAUUAUUGGCGGGAGGCCUACUCGCAGACAUGGGCCAACGACAAUCCUCUGUGGCAUGUGACGCUCAUUUCCAUUGCCGGCGGUUCGCGCGAUACUGUUGUGCCCUCUGAUUACGCCAGCAUUUCUUCUCUUGUUCCUGAGACUCACGGCUUUACUGUAUUUACGUCCACUAUUCCUGAUGUCUGGAUCGGCAUGGACCACUUAUCCAUCACCUGGUGCGAUCAAUUCCGGAAAGCCAUCAUCAAAUCCUUGUUUGAGGUUGUCGAUGUCCGACGCGCAACACAGACGAAACCGAGGGCGGAGCGGAUGCGGAUUUUCAAGAAGUGGUAUUUGACUGGAAUGGAGACCGUGGCGGAAAGGACGCUUCCGCGAAAGGGCGUAUCCGGAAAGAAGUUCACUCUUCUUACAAACCAGCAAUUUGAUAAAUCAGGGGAUCAUGGGAGCUUGGAGGUUCUGUUCUGUAGUGUGUUCCCUCUGCAAAAUGGGAAACCUGCAACGGCAUUUUCGAUGAACAUGGAUUUUUCCGGAGGUACCUCAGGCUCAACUCGUCUCGCCUGCAAGAAUGCUGCCGAGGAUGGAAUUCACUUGCCGGCCUCAACACCCUCGUCGAAGCGUCCUUAUGACCGAGUUCAGCCUUUCUCUUACCUCCAGUACGAUCUGGAGGAUCUCGCAGAGCACCAGUUUGUAGCCGUCGUGGACAAAGCAAACUCGCCCACUAAGGGCUUUGUGUUGGCCGAAUUCUCAGAUAGCUCGGACUCUGUGAUCAGGGCUCGGUUAGGCUUGGGUAGCCUCCUCAGUGCUGGACUGAAGGUGCGUCUGCCAGCCAACCGUCCCAUGCUCACGGAACUGCAAAUUCCCGCUGUGCACUCGAGCUUGCUGGACUACAGACUCAAAAUCAUCCGAAAGAAUCAUGGGCAACAGCAAGAGCUGUUCGCUCCCCUUUUGCGACAAUCUGUGGCAGAUCCGCAUGAGUCUAAGUUCUUCGUCAAUGUCAAAAAUGUCAAUGUGAACUUACAUGGUCUGGCGCCCUUUAUGCCUCCGCCCCUCCGAGAACAAGCGACAUUGGGUGGUGUUUCUUUUCACCUUUGGACAGAUCCAAGCUGUGAUUCCACGAUUGACAUUUCUUUAUCGGUGGAUAUUGCUGGUAGUCUCGGCGAGCUAGUAAUGCGGUACCGGACCGUGUUCGCUGCAUUUCCGCUUCUUGUUGUUGCCCUGGUCAUGCGUAAGCAAUUCCAAGUGUACGACGAGACAGGCUAUUUCAUCACAUUUGCCGAGGGCUUGGACAGUGCACUGCGAUCAUCCCUUCCCAUGCUCCUUUUAGCUAUGUCACUGCUCGCAUCCUCCCUGGCGACAUCUACAAAAUUGCCGCCUACUGACGACCCAUUCCAUUGGCGUACGAACUCCACUGAAUCACCAAUUGACUUCACCAAGAACGAUCUCCUCCUGGGCUCGCAGGACGCUUUCUUCUGGUUUUUGGUGCCAAUUUUCGGCCUGAUUAGCGUCGGAGUGUGUCUCGUGAUCAACUAUGUAGCUCUCGCUUUAAUCUUCCUUCUCACUUCCAUCUACGGAUUCCUUAGAAGCAAGUCGGGCUAUAUUCGACGAGAUGAGAAAGGCAAUCUCCCUAUCUUUUCUUCUGCAAGUCCCAGACGACGGCUGGUUAAUUCGGCCAUUCUAUUGGCUCUCGUGUCAACGGUCAUUCCGUACCAAUUCGCAUACAUGGUGGCGUGCAUUGUGCAGUUAGCUACCAGUGUCCGGGCCAGCUGGCAUGCGAAGGAAGCUAAAUCCACAACCCACUAUAACUUCGCCAACUUCGCUUACUCGAUCUUCCUCCUGAUGCUGUGGAUUCUGCCGAUUAACGCUUUGGUUCUUCUCGUCUGGGCUCAUAAUCUAGUUGUGCACUGGUUUAUGCCAUUCUCGUCGCAUCAUAAUGUGCUAUCAAUAAUGCCAUUUGUUCUCCUCGUGGAAGCCAUGACUACUGGAACUAUGAUUCCUCGGGUCACCACACGGUUUAAACAUGUCACCUCUAUGCUCUUCUUCUUUAUUGCCAUAUACUCAGCGAUCUACGGCGUCUCAUACGCCUACCUCCUCCACCAUCUCACUAAUAUCCUCGCCGCCUGGCUAGUGGGAAUUUACUUCUCUGCCAGCGGUUUCUCACUCUCACGACUGUGGCGAGUCCUAGAAGGGGACGAAGCGGUACAAAACCCUGCAUCAGGAAGCCACACGAAGAAAAAGCCAUAA